AGCGCCACGGGUCGCGGGCCAUGGCGCCGCCGCCUGCCGCCGCCGCUCUGUGCCUGUUCGAUGUGGACGGCACCCUGACCGCCCCGCGCCAGAAAAUCACGGCGGAGAUGGCGGCGUUUCUGCAGCAGCUGCGCACGAAGGUGAAAGUAGGGGUCGUGGGCGGCUCGGAUUUUGACAAGAUUAAGGAGCAGCUGGGCGAUGACGUGCUUGAAAACUUUGACUACGUUUUUCCAGAGAAUGGCCUCGUGGCAUACAAAGAUGGGAAGCUCCUGAGCAAGCAGAGCAUUCAGGGCUACCUGGGUGAGGACAUACUUCAAGAUCUAAUCAACUACUGCCUGAGUUACAUUGCGAAGAUAAAACUGCCCAAGAAAAGGGGCACUUUUAUUGAGUUCCGAAAUGGGAUGUUGAACGUGUCCCCCAUUGGAAGAAGCUGCAGCCAAGAAGAACGAGUUGAGUUCUAUGAACUUGAUAAAGAGGGCAGAUCAGCUUUGAUGUGUUCCCCGAUGGCUGGGACAAGAGGUACUGCUUGGGGAUCGUUGCCAACGAUGGAUAUAAGACUGUUUAUUUCUUUGGAGAUAAGACUAUGCCAGGAGGGAACGACUAUGAAAUUUUCACAGACUCCAGAACACAAGGCCACAGCGUCACAUCCCCACAGGACACAAGAAGAAUCUGUGAAGAGCUAUUUUUUAAAUGAAAGACUUUUAGAAUUCACACUUACCAAACGGUUAAAAGAGCUUAAUAAAAUAUCUUCCUUCUGCAGUGGAUUUGUCCUUGGUCAUGAACAGGAACUGCUUUGCAGGUGGGUCAUCACUGAAAGGAAAGGUGUUAAUGGAAGAGAACCUUGCUGAGGGCUGGAAUACAGCAGAGCUCACUUAGCACCACUCUUCCACUGUUGCCUUCUAUAGAAGAACUUUGUUUUCUUUUUGUUUUUUUUCUGUUGUUGGUUUCUAAAUCAACAGUGAACUCCCUUAGCUAAUUAAUCACAUUUUAGGGAGGAGGGGAGGGGAAGGAAGAGUUGAUUUAGGGUCUCACAACUGGCCUGCAAGGCUUCAUGCCUAGAUUUCAAAGCUGCUACUUCAAAGAUGAACAUUUUAGAGUUCAUUGUUUUUAACAUCCUACCUUGUGCUCUAAAGCCAUGAAUUCUAAGACAGUUGGGAUUUUUAUGUUUAAAACUGGAAGAUGAGUAAGAGAGAAGGGUUUUAUAUCUGUCUGGGGGUGUGAGGAUAGAACUGAGCCCCUGGUCCCUGACUUCACACGUGUUCCAGUGUGUGUCAGAGGGUGCAUUGAGUCCACCACUGGACCAAUUGGUGCUAAAGAUGCCUCCCAGUAGAGUGGUGGUGCCAGUCACAGUGCAGUUCCCAGUCCCUAUGCUUUUUACAGACUGGAUUGAAAUCUACAAUAUAAAGAAAUUAAUUUAGAAGUAAUUAAAACAAGCAUAAUAGUAGCAAAAAUGUAUUUCUGUCACUGACCCUUCUGAUCUUCCUGGCAAAAAAUGAAGGGUAGAUCAGAGUUUAGUACUAAGAAAAAUCACCUAAACUAUGUUUCCAUGAAAAUUCAAGUUGAAGCACGAUGACCCCUAACUGUUAAUAUUACUUUUCUCAUCUGGCAUGAGGAAAAUAAUCUUGUAUAUGAAGUUUAAUUUAGUAAAGGAGAAUCAAAUCUCAUUUUAAUGAUGACAAAUUACUAUUCCAGCUUGUUUUGGCUAAUAAAGUGUGUAAAGCAGA